AUGGAUCUCAAAAACCUUGUAACAAUUUGGUUCUCAAUUCUCCUCAUCAAGAUUGUUACCACACAUCCACUUCCACCAUUCUCUUGUGACACCACAAAUCCAUCAACCAAUUCAUUUACAUUUUGCAACACCUCAUUACCAAUCAGUAAACGAGUCGACGACUUGGUGUCGAGUCUCACAUUGGAUGAGAAAAUAUCUCAGCUUGCUAAUAAGGCAUACGCCAUCCCUCGCCUUGGCAUCCCCUACUACCAAUGGUGGUCGGAGGCUUUGCACGGUGUUGCCGCCGCUUAUAGAGUCCAAAAUGGGGUCAUGUUCAAUGGGACCAUUCGAGCAGCCACCAGUUUUCCUCAAGUCAUUCUUACUGCUGCUACAUUUGAUGACAAGUUGUGGUAUCAUAUAGGUGAGGCAAUUAGUACAGAAGCAAGGGCAAUAUACAAUGAAGGAGAAGCAAUAGGAAUGACAUUUUGGGCCCCAAACAUAAAUAUAUUUAGGGACCCUAGGUGGGGUAGAGGGCAAGAAACCCCUGGAGAAGACCCUUUGGUUAAUGGAAUAUAUGCAACGUCAUUUGUUAGAGGACUUCAAGGGGAUAGUUUAGAAGGUGGUGACCUUCCAUACGAGAAACUCAAAGUUUCUGCAUUGUGUAAGCAUUUGGCUGCAUAUGAUUUGGAAAAAUGGAAUGGAACUAUUCGUUACACCUUCGAUGCUCAUGUGACGAAGCAAGAUAUGGCAGAUACGUACCAGCCACCUUUCAGAAGCUGUGUUAAGGAUGGUCGAGCAAGCGGGAUAAUGUGUGCUUACAAUCACAUUAAUGGCGUCCCAAACUGUGCUGAUUAUGAUCUCUUAACGAAAACUGCUAGAGGAGAAUGGGGUUUCAAGGGGUACAUAACAUCAGAUUAUGAAGUAACGAGAUAUAUGUAUGAGACACAAACAUUCUUAAAAUUGCCUGAAGAUGUUGUAGCUGAUGUUCUUAAAGCCGGACUGGAUCUUGAUUGUGGGACCUUUUUCCUUAAGAACAAUACAAAGUCAGCAAUUGAGAUGGGAAAAGUAUCUGAAUCUGAUGUAGACAGAGCCAUUCACAAUCUCUUUGCUGUGAGAAUGAGAUUAGGUCUCUUCAAUGGCGAUCCAAGCAAACAAAAUUUCGGUGACAUAGGACGAGAUCAAAUUUGUACAAAGGAGCACCGGGAUUUGGCACUUAAAGCUGCUCGGGAUGGGAUCGUCCUUCUUAAGAACGAGGCCAAGUUCCUUCCUUUUUCAAAGGCCAAAACGAAGUCUCUUGCACUAGUAGGCCCCAAUGCCAAUAAUUCGAAAACACUUAUUGGAAAUUAUGCAGGCCCCCCUUGCAAAACCAUUACUCCCCUAGAAGGGCUUGCAAGUUUUGUCAACAACAUUAAGUUCCAUGAGGGCUGCAAAACCACAAAUUGCACUUCGAUUUCCACCAAUGAAGUUGUGACAAUUGCCAAAUCUGUAGAUAAUGUGGUGUUGAUCAUGGGACUCAAUCAAGAUCAAGAAAAGGAAACUGUUGAUCGUGAUGAACUCGUGCUUCCAGGUAAGCAAAUGAGUCUUAUAACAAGCGUAGCCAAGGCGGCUAAAAAGCCAGUUGUAUUAGUACUACUUUGUGGAGGUCCGGUUGACAUUUCUUUCGCCAAGAACAAUCCAAAAAUCGGAAGUAUUUUGUGGGCUGGAUAUCCCGGAGAAGCAGGAGGCCAAGCAAUUGCAGAGAUUAUAUUUGGUCAUCAUAAUCCAGGAGGGCGAUUGCCUAUGACUUGGUAUCCAAAAGAUUUUGUCAAAGUACCAAUGACAGAUAUGAGGUUGCGGCCUGAUCCAGCCUCAGGCUAUCCAGGGCGAACUUACAGAUUCUAUAACGGAGAAAAGGUAUACGAAUUUGGAUAUGGACUUAGCUACACAAGGUAUAGUUACGAGUUUGUUUCUGUCGGCCAAAACAAACUCGACUUCAAGAAUGUGUCAACUACAGACAAGGCCAAAAACUCGGGUUACAUUCCAGUCUCUGAUAUAGGUACAGAAUCAUGUGCUAAGGCAGUGUUUAAUGUCGUCGUUAGAGUGAAAAAUCAUGGGAAGAUGUACGGUAAUCAUCCGGUUUUGCUGUUUUUAAGGCGAAAAAAGGCCAAUAAUGGGAGUCCAUUGAAACAAUUGCUAGGAUUUAACACAGUGCAAUUGGAUCCAAAAGAACACGUUGACGUUGAAUAUCCAUUGAAUCCAUGUGAGGGUUUUAGUAGAGCUGAUGAAAAUGGAGAAAUGGUGAUUGAUGGAGGGACUCAGUACUUAGCAGUGGGAGAUGUAGAAUUUCCUAUUAUCAUUGAUCUUUGA